GACGGAAGCCGCAAGGCGAGGCAGACUGCUUUGGGCAUGCGUGUCGACGUCACCUGAAGGCGACUAGCAGGCUACUAGUGGCACAAGCUUGCAUACGUGACGAGGUGGAAAGCCAAACGUAGCAAUGUUUCGAAGAAAACUCACCGCCUUAGACUAUCACAGUCCGGGUGGAUUCGACUGUGCGGAUGAGACCCAGUUCAGGAACUUUGUGGUGUGGCUGGAGGACCAGAAGAUUCGACACUACAAGAUUGAAGACCGAGGCAACCUGCGAAACAUCCCCAGCUCAGACUGGCCCAAAGCCUACCAGAAGUACCUACAGGACGUCAACUGUCCGUUUGGAGCGUCUGAGAGAGCGGAGACUGUGGACUGGCUGCUGGGCCUGGCGGUGCGAUAUGAAUAUGGAGACAAUGUGGACAAGUACAGAAACUGUCAACCACUGGAAGCCUCCAGUGAAAGCAGGGCAAUGUCGGACCCCCUCAUCAACCUCGACAGUGACUCACCAGAUUUCAAAGCAGGCGUGCUCGCCCUGGCCAACAUCCUCAAGAUACAGCGGCAUGACGAUUACCUGGUGAUGCUCAAAGCCAUUCGUAUCCUCAUCCAAGAAAGACUUUCACCAGAGGCCAUCGCUAAAGCGAGCCAUAGCAGAGAGGGUGUCCCAGUAGCCUUAGACAAGCACAUCUUGGGUUUUGAUACAGGGGAUGCCACGCUGAACGAAGCAGCUCAGAUCCUACGUUUGCUGCACAUCGAGGAGCUGAGGGAGCUUCAGACCAGGAUAAAUGAAGCCAUUGUAGCAGUCCAAGCCGUCAUUGCCGACCCAAAAACAGACUACAGGCUGGGCAAGGUCGGCAGAUGAGGGCCAUGUGGGAGUUCUCUAGGACUGGAAUUAUUAUUUCAAAGCCUGUGGUUGACAUUUUUCUUCUGUGUGACACCUUUUUGUGCACAUUGCUAUCUUCCAUUUUACAAAGACUUGGUUUAAAAUUGAUACAUCCAUUUGUUUUGAUUUAGAAAAUGGCAGUUUUGACUAGUUAUCUUAUUGUUCCCCCUUUGUGUGCUUCCACAGAGCUUCAAAUUUAAAAAAUAAACAAAGUCCAGUACCAAAA